AUGGCAAGCGAAAUAGCAGAGUUAAAGAAGCUGGUGGAGUCCUUGCGGGGGGAGGUGACUCGACUGAGCGGCAAGUUUCUAUGUUUGAUGUUAAUACUAAAAGGUGCUAACGGCUCUCAAAUUGCAGAUGAGAAUGAAGUCAAAAAGCUCCAUUUCAAAUAUGGUUAUUAUUUGGAUAAGUGUCUAUAUAAAGAGGUAGUUGACCUCUUCGCCGAUCAUCCAGACACCUUCGUGGAAUUCCUUGGAGGUCGCUACAAGGGCAAACAAGGAGUCGAGAGGCUAUAUCGAGGCCGCUUUGCCGCCAGGUUCGUAAACAAUCGAAACGGCCCCGUCCACGGCUUCCUUCUCGACCAUGCCCAGAUGCAGGACGUCAUAGAUAUUUCUGCGGAUGGUACGCGCGCCUGUGGACGGUUCCGUGCCCUUAUGAGUGCAGGUGUGCACAAGAGUGUCAAAGACACUCACCCCCGCGGCUUUGUGCAAUGGUGGGAAGGUGGUUUGUACGAGAAUGAAUAUAUCAAGGAGGACGGGGUAUGGAAGGUUUUCAAGCUGAAAUACUUUCCCUUUUGGCAUUCGGAUUUUGAGAAGGGCUGGUCAAAUAAGGAGAUUGGGGAAUUUGUUCCCUUUGAUACUGUAACUUUCCCGGAAAAUGCAACGGGGCCUGAUCAGAUUGUUGAGCAGCUGAUGCUGUGGCCCGAUACCAGAGUUGUGCCAUUCCACUAUCCGCAUCCCGUUACUGGGAAGCAGGUUGAUGAGGACGACUUAAGGGCUCCUGGGUAUGGUGAGGACGUUAAGACCAGCAAGCCUGCAUUGACCCUCUCAUAA